AGCGAAGUCCUCAUUCAUAGAUCUGUAUGACUUGCUGGCCCCAUCCUUUCCAUUAUUAUCCGAGCCCAGUCACCAAGUGCAAAUACCUACUUGAAGCCCCGCCAUCAAGCCGCAUCAGCUCCAACUUGCCUCGAAUCUGAUUUCGACAGACGAACGUGAUCGCUCCAUACCCUUCUCGCAUUUCCCGACCGUCGGCAAUCGAUAGAGCGCUUCCGACCUAUCGCCAUUAUGGGUGUAUGAAUCUGCUGUGUGACGACAGACACCGUUGGGCAUUGAUGACAUUUCAUACAUAUGUUCUUGUGGCGUGUGUGGCCUGCUUUGACCGCGACGUGAAACGUCCUGGUAGCCUGUUUGACCAUGGAGAAUGACGGGUAUCUGGCCCCCCGCCAGAUAUGGGUUCAGCCAACGACGACUACCACCAGAUCAUACGAACCGGGCUGUACACCAUUCCUACUACCAAGCGCCGGUCACGUUUAUCUAAAUCGCACUUAUACGAUCACUUUGACCGAAAAUGCCAUUUAUGAUCCAGUUUGUACCAGUACAGCAACGUCCACGCAACAUGCGGUCGCGGCGCUUGAUACCACCGACCCCUUUUACUCUUCGGUAGCGCCGCAACUGUACGCCAUGGGCUGCACAACUGUGGUCAGCUACUUGCUCGUCAUUAUUCUCCUCAUUACUCCGCGCACGUUCUACGUUGGUGGUCCUGGUGGUGGUGCAAACUUUCUGGGAAGGCGCGGCAUGAUUACCGGUUCAUACAGCGGCAACUCCUCGGUGGUCGGCGUUGGUGGUCGCCCCUGGCUUCAGAAGGUCGCUGCGUUGCUGGUAGCUGUAUCACUCACGAUUGCUACGGUGGAUUCCUUCCGGGUCGCUGAACAGCAAUAUUCAUAUGGUUACUCUGACGCUGAGGCGUUGACUGAUGAGGUUAUCGAUGGGAUGGAGAUUCGGGUUGUUCGGGUCAUCUCGAGCACUUUUCUAUGGCUUGCCCAGGUCCAGACACUCAUCCGACUGUUUCCGCGGCACAAAGAGAAGGUCAUGAUCAAGUGGGCAGGUUUCGCAUUGAUUGUGUUCGAUACCACAUUCAGCAUUCUGGACAAAUUUCUCGUCAAGUCUCAUACUACGCAUCCGCGAUUAUACGAAGACGCCAUACCUGCUCUCAGUUACCUUUUCGAACUCGCUCUGAACUUGCUUUACGCCGCAUGGGUCAUAUUUUACUCUCUCUCGAAACACCGAAUUGCCUUCUUUCACCCGAAGAUGAGGAACAUCUGCCUGGUGGCCCUGUUGUCGCUAUGCGCCGUCCUCAUUCCGGUCGUCUUUUUUGUUUUGGAUAUUUCGAAGCCGAAAAUCGCAGGAUGGGGUACCUAUGUCCGGUGGGUCGGAUCGGCUGCAGCGAGUGUCGUCGUGUGGGAAUGGGUGGAACGAAUUGAAGCUUUGGAGAGAGAUGAGCGGAAGGAUGGCAUUUUGGGACGGGAGAUAUUUGAUGGAGACGAAAUGCUCGAAGUUACUCCAUCCGAGGAGGUUGAUUGGCCGCGCUACAAUCCUAACAACAAUGAUCGCGGUGGUGGUGCUGGCAUGUCAUCCGGAUGGGGAGGCAUGAUGGGCCUGGCUCAUCGUCCUCUGCGCACCAGAGUCGGGCGCAAUUGGCAAUCCAACUUGGAAAAUCAGACAAAUAUCGCGUCUGCAGACGCAAGACGUCGGAGAAUAGUGUCACGGCCUACCCCUCCACCUGCGGCCCUGACACCUGUCAGUCGGGCCGAUACCACGAGUGCUGCCAGUACAGUGUACAACGUGCAUUAUCAUCCCGUGUCUAGUCCGACGCCACCAGUUGCUAUGCCACAUAUGGAAGAGGAGGAAGAGGGGCUGGACGAUGAAGCGGCUGCAAAGGAGAUGACGACAGCUAUGGAAAGCCAACAAGCUGAUUUGAUGCAUGGUGGAUUGUCGGCGCAGCAGACCAGGGAACAGUCUCCCCAGAUUGUUCACAUGGACAAAGGGUGGCGAACUCUGCUCAAUCCAUUCAAACGGAGGCGUGCUUCUUUGCCAAGGGAGGUUGCCUCAGCACAGGCGGAGGAAGAGGCCCCUGGUUCACAAUCCGUCGGGGAGCAUGGCCUUUCCCCAGAUCCUUCCCCGGAUGACAGCGACGAUGAGCACGCCAACCUCCGACACGCUCGAGCCGGAGCCCGCUUCCAGAUCCCCAGGCGAUUGAGACCUGGUUCUGGACGCCAAGGCUCAGGUUCCCCACUGCCAGUCACUGUCAUUCCUGCGAGACGGAGAGGCCAACAAAUCUGGUCGCCGCAGCACUUCAAUGAUAGUGGACUUUUUGGAACAACCAACUCCAGUCAACGGGCUCCAUCGGGUCGUGCUGAGGGACGUGCUAACCUGCCUUUAAGAGUCAUUCAGCCGCAGACUCGAACUGCCGCCCCCUGGAGCGCAGAUGAUAGCACUGCGUAUCAGGAACUGCGCUAUGAUCCCGAAGCAGCGGCUCUGGUGGGAUUGGAUGAUUAUCGCCCUGAUCAAGUCUCGACUCAUGCCGAAUAUUUCAGUUCCGAGCUAGCCAUGGACGAGAACACUGAUGGACACCAAGCAACAGGUGCAGACAGGAACUCAACAGAGCCAUCGCCGCUGCAACAGUCUUCUCCUGCUCACACAAAUGACACCCCAGCUAAUGGAGAUGCUCGAUCUCAGCAAUGAUGGGGCGUCAUACCACACUAGGACUUGUGUCCAUUCUACUUACUUUUGGGGUCAAUGUUUACACGGAUGCUUUAAUUAGCGGGGAGUAUCGGAUCUAAACACCAUUUUCUAUAUAUCAGGGUCAAUUAUUCGCGUCCAUUGGAUCAUUUUGAGAUCAUCUUCUCUAUGGUUCUCCGUCUGAGUGCUAGUGACUUGUUUUGUCUUUGUUUUCGGUUUUGUCUGCUCAAAAUGAUUUGGGUCGGAAUCCCCUCGUCAUGAGCUGCUAAUGCUCUAAGCUCUUCGCAACUCAGAGGUUGAUUCGGCGACUGUGAAGGUACCUGGCGCGGUUUUGUAAAAAGAUACCCCUUGGGAUGCAUAUACUCCAG